AAAUUGACGUUCGCCUCCGAAGGCAUUUUGCCGAACAAUUUGAUGCCAAGUAUAGUGGUAAAUUGAAGGAGUCGAUAUUUAAGUCACCACGCGCCAUGACGAUGUUACUCAAAGAGGCUAACAGGAUUAAACAGAUACUCUCUGCUAAUACGGAGACCGUGGCUUCUAUAGAAAAUGUGCACGAAGAACACGAUCUUCGCCUGACAAUAACGAGAACUGAAUUGGAUGCAAUGAUGGUCGAUCUUGUAAAACGUGUUGGGGGACCAAUCCAAGAGGCAUUAAGUAAUGCCGGAAUGAGCUUGAAGGACAUAAAAUCUUGUGUGCUGGUCGGUGGUGGUAUUCGAGUCCCAUCUAUACAAACCAUGAUCAAAGAAAUUGUUGGAGAAGACAAAAUUGCUCAAAAUGUGAAUGGAGAUGAAGCAGCAGUGCUUGGUGCUGCAUUUAGGGGGGCAGCUUUGAGUCACCAAUUCAAG